UAUUGAAAGAGUUUGAGCGCUACUUCCCAACCACAAAAGAUCCACGAACUGCCAAAGAAUGGAUCCGCGACCCAUUUCUCAACAAACCAGGUGAAUCCAACAUGUCUGUGCAAGAAGAAGAUCAACUGCUUGAGAUCGCAAAUGACGGCGGCCUUAAAAGUAUUUUCGAGACAACAACUCUGCCGGUGUUCUGGAUCAACUCUGCCGGUGUUCUGGAUCAUAAUUCGUGUUUAUUAUUAUGUUUAGGAAAUACCACAGUUUUCAUGCAGGUCAUAUCAUAUUAUUUUGUUGUACUUAUCUGCCACACCUUAAACGCCGGUCCCUGAAAAUAUUGUCUGACAUUAAACCGGUCCGUGGGGCAAAAAAGGUUGGGGACCGCUGAUAUGAAGGAUAUUUGGAGGAUUACACAGCAGAGAUUCCAUGGACUACCAAGCACAGAUGGAAAGUAAAAGACAGGGCACAGCUACAGGAUAACACACAAGACCACAUGAGUCAGCAUAUGGCUUCCCACAGAGAAGUUAGAGAUGAUGUCACCAGUAGGAGCUCCUCAACACCUAGGCUUUUGGAUACUGCCUUUCAACAGGAUGAAAAUAAAGAUGACCAAAUCAACACAGAAGAGCACCGGAGUAACACUUCCAACAGUGAAGAUGAAGAUGAUGAACUCGCCAACACUGAGAACCCUACCACAAGCCACUCGGAUGUGGACAUUUCAGAGAAUGAGGAAGCCUUUUCACAAUCUGAAGAGGACUUGAUUGAUGCUGCUAGUAAUGAAGGUGAAAACCAUGCUGAUGAUGAAGACGUGAUAGAGGGGAAUAGUACUCAUGAAAAGACACCUGAAUUUCCAGUGGGCAGUGAAGACCAAGCAGAUGGUGACAAGCCCCUGUAUCCUGGAGCACCUGUUUCAAAGCGAGAAAGUAUAUUGAUGCUGAUGUCUUAUGUGCUGCGGAACAAUUUCAGGGGCAAAGCACUUACUCAUUUACUGGAACUGUUCAACCUGAUGUUUCCAGGUCUAAUUCCACGCUCACAUUACCUUUUUCACAAAGAAUUUGGAGGUUCAUCACAGUCUGAAGUUCAUUUUUAUUGUGAAAAAUGUUUAGCAUACCUUGGCAUUAGUGCAGACUGUCCCUCUUAUUGUACCUUUUGCAACACAGUAUUUGAUGCCAACACAAGUUUAAAAAAGGGCUUCUACUUUUUUGUAAUCCCCCCUCAUGCACAGAUUAAACAACUUCUGCAGGAACAUGAUGUCAGUCUUAUUGAAAAAAGUAGAUCCUCUGGUGUUUUAACUGAUAUACAGUCUGGUGGAGAGUAUCAAAAAUUGUGUGACAGUGGAGUUCUUGGAAAAGAUGAUUUGACUCUAAUUUGGAAUUGUGACGGUGCACCAGUGUUUAAAAACUCUAAAUGCAGCAUUUGGCCGAUUCAGUGUGAGAUGAUUGAACUGGAACCAGAAAUGAGAAAAAGACACAUUUUGAUGUCAGCAAUAUGAUUUGGGCCAACUAAACCAUCCAUGUUUACAUUGCUGACACCAUUUGUGAAAGAAGCUUCAUUAUUGGAGACUUUAGGUAUUGACUGGCAAGACAGACAAGGACAUGGUCAUGUUUCCAAAGUAUUUGUGCUGAUUUGUAGCUCUGAUUCUGUGGCUUGUCCAUUGCUUCACAACACUGAACAGUUCAGUGGUUUUUAUGGCUGUGAUUCCUGCUUGCACAGAGGUGGUAAAUCAUAUCCAUAUGAGCAACCUGAACCCCCACUUAGAAAUGAGAGGGAUCCUUUCAGUCAUGCAAUGUCAGGUACAACUGAUGACCCAGUGUAUGGAGUCAAAGGGCCAUCUCCUUUAAUGCAGCUUUCAACACUUCCAAAUGAUAAAUGGCUUCAUUCCUGAAUAUCGACACAAGGUGUGCCUUGGAGUCACUCGGCAACUGUCUACACUGUGCUUUGAUUCAACAAACAGUGAUUCCCCCGGUACAUAGGUAAAGAGAUGAAGUUGAUAGGCGACUUGUAAAAAUCAAACCACCUGUUAAGAUUACUAGGAUACCAAGGUCACUGACUGAAAAGAAGUUCUGGAAAGAUUCAGAGUGGCGAGCAUUUCUACUUUUCUCCUCUCUACCUGUAUUGAAAGGCAUACUCCCAGCAAGAUUUUGGAACCAUUUGUUCCUACUGGUGUUUGGCAUAUAUACAUUAUUGCAGGAAACCAUAAAGGCCGAAAGCAUCCUGAUGGCAGAGCUAGCUCUAAAGAAAUUUGUCAUUGUGUUCCAAAGACUGUAUGGAAAGAACAACAUGACCUUUAAUAUGCACUUGCUAACACACACUGCUCAAGGUGUCAAACACUGGGGGCCAUUAUGGGCUACAUCAACCUUUUCAUUUGAAUCCAAUACGGGCACUCUCAUAAAGUAUUUUCAUGGAACACACUGUGUCCCCUCACAAACAGUCAAAAUAUUUCUGUUCUGGAGAGAAUUGCCAGAAAGGGCCAAGAACACUAUCCACCCAGAACAUGAAAAUCUUUUGUUGAAGAACUUUACUCUAGUAAAAGAAAAACAGAAAAUUGUGAAAUACUAAAUGAAAGUGUCAGAGGUUUGGGUCAUCCUCCAGUGCAAAAAAGCAUUAAAAUGUCAUAUAGGCGUGCCAUUGCAAAGUUCUGUGGAAAUCUGAGCAACUGCUUCUGGUCUUACAACCAUUUUUUUGGUUGAUGGAGUUCUGUAUCACAGUCAAAACCGUGACAGACUGAAGAAGAGAUACAACAGUGCUGGAUGCUUGAACGAUGGUACAUUUUGUUUAAUUAAUGACUUGGUUAUUUUUAAACAAAUGUGUUCACAUCAAAUUUCUGUAUUUUGUUCAUGUGCCAAACUAUUGUGUUUUAGUUGAGUUACUUGUUAAAUCAGACAGGCCCGUAUGUAAAGAUUCACAGAUCAAUGUACAAAGUACUUUAAUAUAUGAGGUUAAAAGAACUGAAAACAUGAUUAAAACAAAAUGUGUUAUUGUUGAAACAGAUGAUGUUGUGUACAUAACACCAUUGUCAAACCCUUAUGAAAGGGACUAGAAGUUGAUCAAUAAA